AUUAUUGAUAUCGCGCUCAUUGAACAGAGAGGGGGUGGCGACGUCUUUUCCCUUUUUCUUUGCUGAGUUGUACACUCUUAUGUGGAGUAAACCUUGUGAUUCAUUCUUGUGAGCUAUAAUAGCUAGCAAGAGCGAAAUGCCACCAAUCUCAACAAACAGGGAGAGAAAAGCAUAAAACAGGAAGAAUCAUCAUCCCUUUGUCUUAACUCUAUUGCAUUCCUUCCGACAAUGAAGCCCGCAAUUAGUCUACUUGCAUUAUCAGCACUCCAGCUUGCGAGCCCUUUCCAGGUGCUUCCCUAUACAACCGGACGACAAUCAACACGGUUUUUCUCUACCCUGGACGAUACAGAUGCCCCGUCAAUGGACAAACAGGCCAUUACAGCAGGACCACGAGAAAAUGUUCUAAGUGUUGCCAAUGGAUUGAAGGAAAAGUUUGGCGUCUUUAUCAUUGACAAAGCUGGCCAAGAAGAAUUGCGCGAUGCCGUGGCAGAUCUGGAAGCUGCAGCUGAACUGCCGUCGUUUAACGAUGAUGUGAAAGAGACUAUGUUGGGCGACUGGACACUGGUGUGCACAACAACCUCGAAUUCUGCACUACCUUCCCCCAUUGGCAGUGGUGUUGAUACCAGCAAACUUCCAUUCUUCAAUAUUAGCCCCAUCAAAGAUCUUCGAGAGUCACUCAACAAGUGCCUGGUAGUCCAACAAUCCAUCUUGGCCGAGGAUUCCCAAGAAAUCAACCGAGUGGAUCACAUUUUGGAAUACAAGCCACCCAACAAUCUGCAAGAAGUCUUGGAAAAGUUGCCUGCUCUGCCCAUUAAUCCCCUCGAUGUUACCAAGGGCAAGGGAGUACUCGUUCACGAAGCGGAUGUGUCGAACACUGGGCCUGGUUUCAGCAUUCGACUCAAGCUCGCAAGCAUUGUUCUGAAUGUGGCUGGAACCAGUCAAUACCUUGACCCUGCAGGUAAGGACGUCUUGGGAAUCAACUCACCGUUGAAGGAAUUUCAAGCUGGAACCUUUGAAACAACCUACUUGGACGACGACCUGAGGAUUAGCCGAACGACAAUGGGCUCUGUUGACCAACUCAGAGUGUAUGUUAGAUCGGCAGAAGAAGUCAAGGACUAUCUGGACGAAGAGUACUUUGACGAGUUCGACAAGUUUGGUAUGGAAGAUGAUGAGGAAGUGGUGACUGUGGAGGUCGUGGAAGAAGAUGAAACCACAGACGAUAGUGAAGAGAAAUCGGAGGAUGAAAAGGGCGCAGACUCGAAGGAAGAGGAGGAUGACAAGGACUCUGACUCUUCGUGAAUCCGCCCAUCUAGCUAGCUUAGCCAGGAGGAUGGAAAUGCCAAUGCACACGCAAUAGAGACUGUAAGGACUUGUUAUAGAAAAAGAGCCAUACUCGUGAGAUUACACACGUUACAGAGUGAGGAAGGGGCGUGUAUUGUUCUUGGAAUGCAUUAAUAGAUUUUUGAUAUUUCUAAAUACGGGAUGUCGCUGAUUGGUUCCAUCGUGGUGCCGAA